UUCAUCCAUGAUUGGGUUCUGUGUCUCUUUUUUUCUCCUUCCAAUAUUUACGGAGUGAGAGUGAGAGAAGAAGAGUGAGGAAAGAACCCUUUUGAGUGAAGAGCCCCAAUUUUAAAGAGAGCGAGGAAAUGGUGUUAUGGGUAUUCGGAUAUGGGUCUUUAAUCUGGAAAGCUGGAUUUCAUCACGAUGAUCGUGUAGUUGGUUUCAUCAAAGAUUAUCGCCGUGUCUUCUACCAAGGGAGUACUGAUCACAGGGGUACUCCAGAGUAUCCAGGGAGAACUGUGACUAUGGAGCCUCUUCAAGGAGAUGUUUGUUGGGGUGUGGCCUAUAAAGUUUCAGGAGGGGAGGAUGAAAAGGCUGCAUUGGAGCAUUUGGAAGUGAGGGAGAAGCAGUAUGAUGUGAAGGCUUAUCUUGACUUCUUUACUGAUCCAACGUCUACAACUCCUGCCAUCACUGGAGUCAUGGUAUACAUUGCGUCACCUGACAAGAAACUCAAUCAGAAUUACCUAGGUCCUGCAUCUCUUGAAGAGAUGGCUAACCAAAUAGUGAAGGCAAAAGGCCCUUCAGGACCCAACAGAGAUUACUUGUUUCAUCUGGAAGAAGCCCUUCUUCAGCUAGGGUGCAAAAACGACAAGCAUGUCACGGACCUCGCAAAUGAAGUCAGGCGAAUAAUUUCAGAACAAGAGCUGAUAGCUUCAUGAUUUUCCAGUGAUGCUGAGACUUGUUUAUCUUGUUGGUUACAUACCAUUAAAAUGAUUGUGGAAACAAGAACCACCUUGAACACAUUGAUUCUUCAUGUGAUCCUACACGUAUCACGUCUGAGAUCAUUGAUACUUGCACAUUUUAGAAAUGACUGCGUUAAAUAGUUCUACCUCAUUAAGUUUCUAGUUUCUCCUCGUCUUUGUAUUUUUCAAGUUUUAUCUGAACUGAUUAUGCCGACCAAUAUUUACAGAUGAAGUAUUCAAAAUCCGAGUCUGAUUUAAGUGCUUA